AUGGAAUUUUGCUUCCAGACCCCCGCGUCGUCCUCCCUGGGCGGCUCGGGGGAACCUAGCGCGCGCCGCCGCCGCCCCCCCCCCCACCCCUGCUCCCUCCCUCCGCCGCCGGAGGAGUCCACCGGGCAAAGCCCGCGCUGGAGGACGGCGGCGGCGGGGGCUCCUCUCGCGCGCGACGGCCUCGGCCUGCGGCGGGGAGCCCGCGGUGGUGGGAGAUGGCUCGGCCUCGGCGGCUCGCCGGCGUGGCGGCGGCCUAGCUCGGCCUCGGCGGCUCGGCCGGCGUGGCAGCGGCCUUGCUCGGCCCCUCUCCGCUCGCCCGGUGGUCCGAAGCAGCGCGCGGCGGGCGGAGCUCCGGCUCCUCCCAGAUGUGGCGGCGACGGCGGCGGCUCCCUGCUGCAGUCCGGCGAGGGUGGGCGGGGUGGCAGCCCCUCUCCCCUGCUUCUUCCUCUGCGGGUGGUGGUCGGCGGGUUGCUGCUGGUUGCUCGUCACGGCGGCUUCCCGAGGUGCCAGAUCUGA